UAUCUGCGAAACCUUUGCCUCCAGUUAAAACUGCACCUGCGACAAAAUCAAGACCGUUUAAAUUAGAAACUAAUGCACGAGGAGAGAAAUAUCAACAGCGUUUACGUCAAGAACUUGUCAAGAUGAAACGACGCGAUAAGGAAAAUCAUAGAUUUCAUGCAAAACCAGCACCUAAACCUAAAUUUCCACUAACACAAACCAAAAAGCAGAGUAAACCACUUACUGAACCUGUAUUUUAUCAAGCAUUGAGAAAUGCUUCUUCUGAAACAAAGUUAGAAGGAUUAGUUAAUACAUCAAGAGUAAUUCUUUAG